AUGGCGGAUUUGAGCGGUAUCAGGGUUCUUCGAGUGUCGAUCUUGAAUGGCGGAGAUAAUGGUCAGAGAGUAAAGGCUGGAGAUAUCUUGGAAAAGUCUGCUUGUGAAUCUGAGUCUGCUUAUUGUUCUUCAGGAAUUCUUUGUCUGGAGGAAACACUUCGAAGAGAAGUCCCUCGAGCCAUUUGGCUUCUUCGUGGUUCCCUUGAUGCCUUAGGACGACUUGCAAAUCCCUACAGGUGUUUUUCAAGCCAACCAUCAAUCCUCGUGACUUUGUUCAGCAUAGAGCCCCAUGAUAACAGCUUCGCCCAUUCGACUGCCUGGUUCAUCAAAAUGGUCUGCAUCCUCCAAGCACGAAAUCACCAACGGUCUAGAAAGCGUUCCUUUGGUGAAGUGUUCGCGGAAUCUUUGGUCUCGGAAACCAUCACAGUGGCCAUGUCCAGCUUUCUUGCAUUUGUUGACUUUGUGCGGUUGAUGGACGGAAGUCCUGCGGCAAGCCGGUAG